AUGGUUAUUGAGAACAUGACAAGACGCAUGCUUGGUAAAGCCCCUGCAACUAUUAUUACUAAUAAUGACAAGGCAAUGGCGAAGGCAAUUGCAGAGGUACUCCCAAAUACAACUCAUUGGUUGUGUUUGUGGCAUAUUUUACAAAAGUUUCCUGAAUACUUGUCACAUGUUUAUAACAAAUUUUUGGACUUUGGCAAAGAUUUCUAUUAUUGCAUCCAUGAGACAAUUACAACUGAUGAGUUCGAGCAAGAAUGGGAUUGUAUAUUAUCAAAGUAUGAACUAGAAGAAAAUAAUUGGUUGCAGAAUCUUUACAGCCGACGGGAUAAAUGGGUUCCAGCUUACUUGCGUUCGACAUUUUGUGCUGGUAUAUCAACAACUCAAAGGAGCGAAAGUAUGAACAAAUUUUUCAAAGAUUACAUUCGUUCAAGCACUAUGGUAGGUGACUUUGUGUAUCAGUAUGAAAAAGCAAUAGAUGCACGUUACUUUAAAGAAAAAGAGAAUGAUGUACGGACAAGAUCUACGCGGGCGAUAUUGAAGACACCUCUUAAAAUUGAAGAGGAAGUGGCAAUGGUUUAUACAAGAAAGUCUUUCAUGAAUUUCCAAGAUGAACUGUUCAAUAGUCUACGAUACAAAGCUACAAAAUUAUCUAAAGAGGGUGAAAGAAAGAAAUAUGGAGUGGUAAUAAGUGGUAAAGAGAAACCACGUUAUCAUGUGACAUUGGAGAAUGGUGAAUAA